CGAAAUGAAGAUCAACAUUUUACUCGCUGUGUUGUUGGGGCUUUUGGCCGUGUCCUGCGGAUUUCAGCUCCGUGGAAAAUAUCGUAGGGGAGAUGAAGACGGUAAUGGUGGUGACAAGGAUCGCGAUGGGGGGAAUGGUGGAGGAAAUGACACCCCUCCCAUACCGUCACGGUUUGUUGUGCAGGUGAUUGCCAAGAGAAUUGACAAGCAGCUUGCAGAAUGUAUCGCCCCAGAAUUGGAUGAAAAGGUAUCAAGUACCGUAACACUUGAAGACGUCUACAGGGGACUUUCCAUGUUACUGCUUGCCAACUGCGGGCAUGAAAAUGAAUCAUAACCACCACCACUAACACCCUCUCUGUGUGCAAACUAGAGGACGAUGUCGUGAGAGAAUUACUAGAUGUCCUGGAAAAGCGAACAUCACGAAUCUCUGUAGAUUUCUUUUUCUUUCUGAAAUUUUAUAACAUUUCUUUUUCAAAUUCGAUUCAUUAGUUUUAGUAAAUGCUUCAGAAAAAC